GUCUGAUUUAGGACGCCACUCGGCGAGGGGGGGCUGGCUGCUCGGAGCAUCUAACAGGACAUGGAGGGAGCGGGCAGAGUCGAGCUGCAGAUAGUUUGGGGAACUUCAACUUAACCACGUUCUUACCAGAGAAGCCGUCCUGUGCAGCAAAAUGUUGAAAAAGAGAGAAAAAAGAAGCGGACUUUCUGUGCUGGGAUCCUUUUAGGAUGGCGAUGGUGUACGGCGGACAAGACACUCAAGUGUGAUCCAUACAAAAGAGUGUGGGGGGGGCUUCAUGGCCUCAACAAGCGACGACCCCCACUUGGGCCCCGGCCCAUCUGAGUAUUCAGAGAUCACUCCGGAUUCAGACUCCUUAAGUCUACUUUCUGACGACUCGGUGCUUCCCAACUUUGAGAGGGACGAGUACAAGUACGCAGAGCCACCUGGAACGCUGUAUGAGGCGUGCGCUCGGAAUGAUCCCACAUCCCUGGAGAGGAUCUUGGAGAGAGGCGUUACCAAGGAAGAGGCCAUGGAACUGGACAUUAACAGCAGGAAUGGACUAAUGGUAGCAGUGUGCAAAGGAUUUGUGGACAUCGUGGCCCUGCUUCACGUGUGCCCCCUAAUAGACAUAAACCACCAAGACAGCGACGGCAACACGGCCCUCAUGAUCGCCGCCCAGGCCGGCUUCUCUACCAUCCUAAACUACAUCCUCAACUACUACUCUGGCGUGGACACCGAGGUCAGGGACCCCCGUGGCUUCACCGCCCUUAUCAAAGCUGGCCUGCAGGGCAGAGAGGACUGUGUCUCCGCGCUGCUAAUGCAUGGCGCAGACAUGAACGCAACCGACUAUGUCCAGGGGCGUGGCCUGAAGGAUUGGAUCUUGAGAACCGGAAGAUUUGAGACCAUGAACAGAAUCCGCCGACUGCAGGCCCUUCCUGUCGCUGAACAGUUUUGCGAGAACUACGCUCCCGAGUGGCCUGAGCUCAGGCAGAUGGUGGCCAACGCCACCGCCGCCAAAACCACCGGUCAGAAACUGAGGCAGCGCUUGAAGGACAGCUUCAGUUUCAGCUUCCCUCAAGACCCCCAGGACAAUGGAGUCAUGGACCACAUGGUGCGCAUGACCACGAGCAUCCACAGCCCGCUCAUCGCCACCGGGUGCCGUCCGCUGUGCCCCAGUAGCCCACCCGAAAUGGGCAAACGCCGCUUUGCUGUUCCUGAAUUACUGGACAUGCACAGCAGCAAAGAUCUGGAGGAGGGAACCGAGUCACACAGCAACGGCUCCAUCACCUCCUCCUCUCCCACCGCCGCAUCCGCUGCCUCCGUAUCCCUGACCUCCUGCUGUCAACAUUCCCAAUGCAGGGACAGCAUGGCGCCGGGCGGGAUGAGAGCGUUCAUCCCUCGCAGCGUGGCUCGCAGAAACAGCAUCUUCCCGUCUGGUUGCGUACCGAAAAUUGAAGUGACCAGAUCGGGCGAGCCGACGCCAAAGAAGGAGAAGAAGAAGAAAAGGCAGAAGGGCUACCUGGAGCCUCCUGUGUGGAAAUACAAGGAGGCCAAGGAGGAGAAAAAGCAAGAAAAGAAACGACAAGAAAGAAUGUCCAAUGGGUCCAAACCAAACAAAUCAACAUAAUACCAAAAAAUGACAUUUCCUUCAUUGACUGUGGUCAGGUGACCUAAAAGCUGCUAGGGCAGGGGUCAGCAACCUGCGGCUCCAGAGCCGCAUGUGGCUCUUCGGCUUUUUUGUUGUGGCUCCCUUUGCUAUUCUCAAAUAUUUUUUUAGGGGGAAAUGCACAUCUUGAAAAAAUCCAACUUUUUGUGAGACCAUGAAUGCAUCCUGGCUCAGUUCUGGUGAUUGAAUGAGCAGACAGGAUGCUAUUCUGUUCUCUUUCACACAGGUAAACAUGAAGGAAAUUUUUUUUGACAUUUCUAAAAAAUAAAUUUGAGAUCAAAAAUGGGAACUUUGCGGCAAUGUAAACAAAUCAUGUAAUUUUACAGUAAUUUACACAUACAUUUAUGUAAGUUUAUCUCCAGUACUAGCAAGAGUACUUAAUCAUCUCGUCUUUUUUUAUAUGAACUACUUUGACACCCCAAAAUUUUCCCCCCAAAUUUUUAUAAUCGGCUCAGAAUGUGAGCUCAUCACAGCCGUUAGCUAGCUAGCUAAAAGAAACCAAGAUGAUAACCAUGCUAACUCAACAAGUUGGCAUCCGUUACAUAUGCAUUUCUAUUUGUUGUUGUUGUUGUUUUAAACCUGGGUUUAGCGGCGCUAAUGGGCAAGGGGGUAAAAUGGCUCUUUUCAUAAUAAAGGUUGCCGACCCCUGUGCUAGGGCGAAUACGCAAUAUUGACUCAACUCAGGUCCGAUUCCGUUUGCUUUUACUCAUUUUUGUAACGUAGUCGGAUGCAGACUUAUUUAACAUAGUUACAGUGGUGUGAAAAAGUGUUUGCCUCCUUCCUGAUUGGUCAAUGACAACACAACCGAACACAAAAUGCAGUUUUUUUUUACAUGAAACUUUGUAUUAUUCAGGCAGGAAACAAAACAACGAGUUUGUGGCCGUUUGUUUCCGUUUGCGGUCACCAACAAUGUUUGCGGUGGUUCCGUUUAUCACUAGCAAAGUACUUCAGGUCCUGAAGCAGCAAAACAGGCUCGGACCAUCAUACUACCACCACCGUAUUUUACUGGUGUGAUGUUGUUUUUUUCUGAAAUACAGCUUUGCUUUUAUGCCAGAUGUAAUGGGACACACAGAUCAUGUUAUAAAGCACAUAUAAACCAAGUUUCAUCGUAAGACUCCAUUUUGUGUUCAGUAGUGUUGUCAUUGUCUAAUGUUUAAUUAAGUACAAAAUAAGACAUCAGUAAGGGAGCAAACGCCACAUCCUGUCCAUCGGGAACAAAAGUAAUGUGUCAUGAAGGUAAAGCCAUAUGAUAGACUUGUGUACCUGCUUGUUAAAAUCCAAAGUUUUACGUCGCCGUAGCACGUCUGUAGCACGUCUGUAGCACGUCUGUGAUGGCGCCACAUUAAACCAAAUGACUUUUCACAGUCAACAGGAAGUGGAUUCAUUUUGCACAGCCAUGUGACACCUGAGUUUGGGCACUUUUAUUGGUUUUACUUCUGCAAAACAUCACAUGCUGGCGUACAAUUUAGGAGUUUUGACUAUCUCUAUAGAGCUAAUAUAAUUAGCUUUGUAUAAAAGUACGAAGACAUACUUUGGUGGAUUAUUAAUAAUAGUGUUCCGUAUCUUACCAACAUAUUACAUGCUUAUAACUUAGUGAAAACUAAGUAAGGUCCAGAUAAUGUUUCUUCCUAUAGCUAAAAAUAAUAUUGCUGUAUUAAAUGUAAAUAUUUUCAUAGCUAGAGCAUAAAAUUUUUUUUUUACGACCUUCUAACUAGUGAUAUUCACAUUAGAGCCCUCUAGACAUGAAAUAACACCCCUACAGUCACUUUUACACGAGUAUUACCCAAUAUAGUACACAUAAAAAAGCAAAUACAGUAAGCCAGUUAAAACAUAAGACAUAACAUAGUCAAACAUUAGCGUUACGAGAGUCGUACUAUACUUGUACUUCCCGAGGUAUGUAUUGUUUGUUGAUGCCCAGUGUAUGUGUACAUGUUAUCAAAGUAUGAUACCACAUUUUUAUGCGUGAAAAUGCUUAAUUUGGCAAGCAAAAAGGUCAAGUUUGCUUAAAUAUGUAUUUUUUGAUUAAUAAUAGGAUGUUUUGUCAACAGUGAAACGCUGAUUUAUUCAUAUAUUUUGAAAAGCAGCUAAAGUGGCGAGGGACGACUGGGGCCGAAACAUUUCACUCUUUUAUGACGUGAAAAAAAAUAUGUAGCACUUUCUUGAUGUUCCUCUGAUCCGACACGUAACUUUGAUUCCUCAGUGAUGAUAACAAACUUGAGGAACAAACAAUGCACGUUCUAUGGUGGCAUGCCAUAGCUCCUCAUCCCUGAACUUCUCUAAUCCUUUAAUCGGAUUGGCAGGCUCGUUACGUAACAAUUAACUUUUUAGCGUUUGGCUGAUUGUGUUUUGUUCAUGUACUUUAAAUUCCCAUCUGCAGCCAAAGCUGGAAAAACACAAACGAUGUUGUUGUUUAUUUGACCGCUCGUUACGUCACGUUACAUGAUUUUCACUUUUGGGUCUCACUUCCUGGCUGACUUGAGGUCAGCUCUGUAUUAAAUAUAUCCAGGGUGCGGGGAAGGAGCACAUAAGUAAGCCGCCACUCCAGCCAAGACGGACACAAUUAGACCUGAGACAGUAACUUGAUACUUGUGGCUAAAGCUAGGAGUACACGGCCACCAAAACAGUACUAUAGUAAUACCACAAACUCAUCCACACCAAUGAAUGGCGAGGGGGGGCGGGCAAAUAGACAAUAUGACUGCAGCCAUGAAGCAAAGUGACGAAGAAGAGAGGAGGGAUUUUACAUGAAAAAUAACGUCAACCUCACAGCUAGGACACCCGAGUUCGAAUGAAUGAAUGACUUCUCCUAUUUUGUGUGGAAGUGGUAUCUUUUUGGCUUUUUAUUUUGUCUUUCCCAACCCUCUGCCAUCUCUGUGUGGAGUUUCCAUGUUCUCCCCGUGCAUGCGUGGCUUUUCUCCGGGUACUCCGGUUUCCUCCCACAUUCCAAAAACAUGCUAGGUUAAUUAGCCACUCCAAAUUGUCCAUAGGUAUGAAUG